CCGCAGCCGGGCUUGGCGAGGGGACCAUGGGCGCCUCGGCCUCCAGGGGCCGGGAUGCCCGGGUCCCCGCGCCGGAACCCGAGGAGGCCCUGGACCUGAGCCGGCUGCCACCGGAGCUGCUCAUGGUGGUGCUGAGCCACGUGCCCCCCCGCACGCUGCUGAGGCGCUGCCGCCAGGUGUGCCGGAGCUGGCGCGCCCUGGUGGACGGCCAGGCCCUGUGGCUGCUGAUCCUGACCCGCGACCACGGCGCCGCCGGCCGCGCCCUGCUCCCGCUGGUGCGCAGCCGCCUGCCCUCCGUCUGCGACGACAAGCCCUGCUUCCUGAGACGCUUCUGCGUGGGCAGACCCAUCGGGCGCAACCUCAUCCGCAACCCCUGCGGCCAGGAAGGUCUCCGAAAAUGGAUGGUGCAGCAUGGUGGGGACGGCUGGGUGGUGGAGGAAAACAGGACAUCCGUGCCUGGGGCCCCUUCGCAGACCUGCUUCGUGACUUCCUUCAGCUGGUGUCGCAAGAAGCAGGUCGUGGACCUAGAGGAGGAAGGUCUGUGGCCAGAACUGCUGGAUAGUGGCUGGAUUGAGAUUUGUGUCUCUGACUGGUGGGGAGCCCGACAUGACAGUGGCUGUAUGUAUCGACUCCUUGUCCAACUUCUAGAUGCCAACCAGACUGUUCUAGAUAGAUUCUCUGCUGUGCCCGAUCCCAUCCAGCAGUGGAACAACAAUAUCUACCUGCAGGUCACCCAUGUGUUCUCCAAUAUCAAGAUGGGCGUCCGCUUUGUGUCUUUUGAACACCGGGGCCAGGACACACAGUUCUGGGCUGGCCAUUAUGGAGCCCGUAUGACCAACUCCAGUGUGAUCGUGCGAGUCCGUCCGUCCUAGCCAAAGGCUGCCCUUCUCGCAAAAUGGCCUGAUCGUGCCUUCCAGAACCUGGGACCACUGACUGGGAUGUCUCAUUAAUGAAGUGUUCCCUGGUGUACUGGGAACUCCUGGGUGUGGUCAAGGGUCCUGUUGGGGCCUGUCUUCAGAUUCUGGAAAUUAUCAGAAGGUUCUGUCUACUGCUGCUGCUUUAGGGGGAGGGACUGCUCUACUAAGGGGAGACCUUCAGGUGACCAUGGGGGAAUUUCCAUUCUGGAGAAGACUUCUCACCUCCCCUCUCCUGACUCCCCAGCAAUCUUCUAAUUCAGUCCCAGCCCCCUCCAUUCAGGCUCCUCCCCUCUGUCCCAUUGAUACCUCCUAUUGUUUCUGCUUCAGGGACUUACUUGGUCCCUUCAGGGAGGCUGUCUACUCUGAGCGGAGAAUCACAUCCUUAGGGCUAGCAAAAUUCCACCUGCCUUGGGUAGUGAACUUAACCUCCUGACGCUUCUGAGCUACAGGGCUGGGACCAGGUCUUGCAGCUGGAAGUCAACUAGGUUAAAAAAAUAUAUAUGUUUGGAGAUGGAGGGUUCUCCUCACAUUGAAAACUGAGAUGGUCCCUUGAGCCCAGCCCUGAUCCUUGAAGACUUGUAAUUGUGGUAUUUCAAAUUAUUUUAUUUUUCGUCUUGACAUGUUUUUCAAACAGUGAGAGAAUAAUAUAUCAGCAGCAUGUAUCUGCCAAUUGUAUGUAAUAAAUUUAUUAUUUUGCCAAAACUGCUUCAAA